GACCAAGGAGCUUGUCUCAAUUGCCCAAUGAAUACAUUAACGGAUAUGGAUGGUGCUGCAAUUUGCAGCUGUCUAAAUGGAUUCUUUAGAGAUGAGCAAACUAACGAAGGCCCGGAAGUAGAUUGUAUACUGUUAGCCUCUCAUGGACCAGACCUGAAGUCACUGGAAGAGAUGACUUCCACUACUCCAUUGAGUACAUUGAUCCUGACAUGCUUCGGUUGUUCAUACUCAGCAAUGGAAACUAUGUCAAUUCUGCACUCACAGUCUCCUACACAGUCCCUAACCUGCGUCCCAACACACCAUACACCAUACGAGUGACCACUCACAAUGGAGUCAGCGACCAAGACAAUGAGAAUGAAGCUCUGAGGAUAGCUUAUCGGUUCAUCAAAACGAUGGAGAAAGUUCCAAGUGUCCCACGAGAUGUCCAAAUACUCUCAGGAGUUGUUGUGUGGGGACCCCCAGCUGAGCCUAAUGGAGUUAUCACUGGCUACCAGUUGAGGUUUUCUGGUUCCUUCACUCGUACUAUCAACAAGUUGCCAUCUGAGAGCCAUCACGUUGUUACUGAAGACAAUAUCAAUCUUGGCAGUAACACCAUUCAAGUUUUAGUACGAGCAAGUACAUCUGCUGGCUCUGGACCGUACAGUAGUCCGAUACAGUACACAGGAAAGUCUUGUCCUGAACCUCCAACUUGCCCCCCUACAAUGCCCCCUACAAUUCCCCCCACAACCUGUCCUCCAGGUACCCCCUGUCCUAAGGUUACAUACCCUACUGCACUCCCAGGGACAGUCCUACUGUUGCCAUCAUUGAACUGUUUCACAGUACUGGUUCGGGAGUGUCCUAGUCUGACUAGUCCCACAAAUGGAAGGGUGCUUGUGUCUUCAAGAUCUUCCUAUGGGAUUGCUACUUAUACCUGUAACACUGGCUACACUCUGAGUGGGUCCUCUACACGUACCUGUCAGACCAAUGGAUUGUGGAGUGAAACUGCACCAACAUGCGUACUAUGCCCUGAACUAUCUCAACCAUCGGAUGGAACUGUGACUAUAACUUCAGGUGCCCCUGGGGGCAGAGCCAUAUACACAUGUAACACUGGCAAUAAUCUGAUUGGCUCCUCUACACGUUUUUGUCUAAUAUCUGGAAUAUGGAGUGGAAAUGCACCAACUUGUCAAGAGACUCUGCCGGAGAAUUGUGGCAAUAUUAACGGAAUGUACACACCUUGUAAGGAAGGACAAGAUGGACUGGUCAACUAUCCUGAGCUUGUUCGUCCUCCCAACGGCUCUCCACCAAACGAGGGCAUGGCUUGCUGUGCUCCCAACUCUCACCCCACCACCUCUCUCACCUUCAGAGUUCACAGUGCCACUGAUGGAACUACUGGUGAUGAAGGAUGUGAGCGCAACGUAAGGUGUGAGUGUGAUGCUGGGUACAGACUGAAUGCAGCUGGAACAGGAUGUUAAGGUUGCACAAACUACUUUUAACAUUUAGGUUGUGAAGCUGGUAUAUGAGCCGAGGGUGAUCCACAAGACUCUUGCUUGCCUACAUACAUACAUACAGGCGUAUCAUGUGACAAGCUUUCAGUACCGGAGAAUGGAGCUAUAGUACAUGAAUGAUGGUUCCUUUGUCCUGUACAUGUGCAACAAUGCCUGGCUACUCACUAUCUGGCUCUAACUUCAGAGAGUGUAGACCUAAUGGACGCUGGGCAGGGAGAGAGCCGACCUGCAUUAAGGAUUGUGAAUCAUUCGAGGAUGGCUUUGAGAAUGGUAAGAUGGAGGUGACUGGAGUGACGCUGGGCUCACUGGCAGUGUUUGAGUGUGAUGCACCCUACGAGCUGGUCGGCAGAACACAGAGACAGUGUAUCAGUGGACUGGGCAACAACCGAUUCAUUCGUUCAUUCCCCCUGCGUGUGACAAUGAAGGUGAAGUGUUCAGUACGUGUGCCUCGGCUUGUCCAUCCACCUGCAAAGACCCCGCCCCAUUCUGCAUAGCCCUCUCUGUCUCUCUGGAUGCUCCUGCAUGUCCUCUGGGAAAUGUCUUAGACGAGACACGAUCGAAAUGCAUCAACCCUGACCAAUGUUCAUCCCCCACUCACCUUUGAACCAAAUGGCUCUAGUGUACAACUGAGUGAUAUCGGUGAAGACGAUAAUGGAUUAAUAUUUCGGGCUGAUUGUUGCCAAGCAAGGAGGAUUGGAAUUCCAAUCAGUUGAAAAUUUGUGUGCGAGAGCCACAGGAGAUGAGAUAUAUCGAAACAGAGGAGAUAAAGUUAUUCGAUUGAAUCGUCAGCCUUACUCUAGUAGCUCUAUACUGGGAAAGCAGCUCUGCCAGGACUCUAUCGUUGUGAUAUACCCAGCUCAGAGACGGAAACUGAGUAACUGACAAAGUGUGUGUUAAUAUUGUAUUGUGAAACUGAACUGAAUAGAUUAGUGUAAGUAAUUUUGCCUAGCUUGUUUAUCUACAUGUCUCAUUAUAUAUUUUUA